CAUCGUCGUCAGAUAGCGCAAUCAAGUCUGUUGUCCUGGUCAGUGUCGGACAAAACAUAUGGCAAUCUUUGCCACAGCAGUGAUCAGCACAGCGUACUGUCUGCUGCUUGCGUGCAGUACUUUGCGGAAGUGUUCCCAUACCCGACGCGUGAGUUGAGGUUGGGAUUUGGAAGUGUGCAGAAUAGUGUCCUGUUUCUUGCCAAGGACAAUGGUAUUGGCUACAACUGUCAUGUCACCUCAACAACAAAGCUAUCGAUUGCUUGGUGCCGACCCCUGCUCCUGCACAGCCCAUGCCGCGUCAGAGCUCUCGUAAUCUCGAUAUCCUUGGGCCGCAUUUCCGGUUCCUGCCUACGCCAUGUACAGAUGCACGCAGAAGGCACCAGCUUAAGCGUGGCACGUCUGGGACUCUUCCAUAUUCAGUGAGUGUGGUUGGUGUUUAUUUGGGUGCCUGGAGAGCCUCAGCUUCGCAAGCUAUUAAAGUCAAGGACAGCCCAGUCUUACUACGGAAGACGAUUGUGUCAUCCAUGCCCAGCGCUGCGCCACCAAGCGUUCAUUCAUCAAAGGACAAGCCGGCCACAACCUUGAACCGAAGCUCUCACCAGCCCGGACCCUCUCCACGCACUUGCGCACGUCCUAGUCGGACCCCAGAGCUGACUGCCCCAACGUCGUCCCCAUCGCAGCCAGCAUCACUGUCGCAGCUCUUCCCGAACCCUACUCUGGACACUCUUCUCCUGCCUGCUCUCGAAUCUCCAACCCUCUACCCGCACCAUCUCGACGUCUCUGCCGCCAUCUCAAAGCCCGCGCAUCAGUCCGCUCCCCGCCAAUCACCCGGCGAUCCAUAGCUCUCGCUGCCAGCUCCGGAGCUUACGCACUCCACCACAUCUCCCAUCGCACCGUCGACCGUCAAUUCCCGAAAGCUCAAGGCACAAAG